GCUCACAACAGAAAAGUGGAAACAUUUUUUUUCUUUUUUUUUUUUUAUUUUAAAAAACAAAAAACUAAAAACUAAAAACAAUCCCAAACAAGCCAUAGGGUUUGCAAUUUUUUUCCUUCAAAAAAUAAACAAAAAUAACUUACAAUUUGAUUUUCGAUUUUUCUUUUGAUGAAAUUUCCUUCGAUUUUGUGAUUUCAUCUUUUAAAACUAAUAUUUUAAUUGAGAUCUAACCGAAUUUUGAUUUUUUUAAGAGAAAUUUGAGAGAGUUUGGUAGUUUAGGAGAGAGAAGUAGAGUAAAAAGUGAGGAAAGUGGGUAAAAUUUUGAGGAGAGAAAAAAUGUAGUAUUAAUAUUUCUUAUUUUAGCAUUUAUAUGAUGAAAGAGAAAAGGUGGAAAUUUGUUUUUUUUUUUUUUUGGUCAACAUGAUAAUAGUUACAUGGAAAGGGAGUGAAGGUAUAAGUGUAUAACUAGCUACAAUGGGGUGUAGGUAAUAACUUUUACCAAUAUCGAUUGACAAUAUAAUAAAAGCUAGAAAAUUCAACCUAAAUUAAUCCGACCUAAACCCAAAACGAACGACUCUUACAUAAAAAUGACUCGAUCCAAAACCGUUUCGAACGACCCAAUUACUUCCUCCUUUUAUCUUCCCGCUCCCAAUCAUAUUUUCAAAAACUCCUUCACCAUCCGAGUACUGAGGAUUAGAAGCAAGUUCUCCUUCUCGGAAUUAUGAGCCGAAGAGAGAGAAAACCAGAGGCAACAACAAUGGCGGAGGACACAGAAAUCGAGGUCCCUUCCACCUCCAUUAAUGGCGCUCUCAUCUUCCAUGUCGUUUAUGAUGUCUUAGGUUUCUUGCUCUAUAUGCACCAGCAAAUCCCCUCCAUGUUGCAGGAUAUGACUCUUCAAUUUGAUGCUCUACGAACUGAAUACCAGGAGUCGGAGAUACUUCUUACACAAAGUGAGCUCAAUGCUUCAUCUAGAAGAAAAGCCAUUGGGAGGAAAAGAGAUGUCAAAUUAGAGAUUAGAAGAACUGAGAAAUUGAUGAGUAAAAUAUCUGGUCUCCAGACUGCUCUUUGGCUUUUGAUUCGUGAGUUUCCCAGUGUUGAAGAUUUAGUCUUUGUUUUUGGAGCAAGCCCACGCCGACCACAACAUGUUUAUCAGAUUGUAUUUCCUCACGGAAGAAUAGCUCUCGUAGAUUCUGAAGAUAAGGCCAGAAAUCGAACAAUAGAGAUGCUUUCGAAAAAGGUCAUAAGGGCACUUAUCUCUAAAGGUGUGGGAUCCGUCUCCUAUACAGGUCCUACUAAGUUGUUUCUCCUGGUGAAGGCUCCAACUUCCUUCAACAUGCCUCUGCAUUUUCUACCAAAGCGUGACUUCCAAUUCUCAAAGAAGAUUUUACCAUUCAGGCUACAGCUUAGAUGCAAGACCUCUCAUCAUGAAUCAUUAUCAUCUUCUUUUGCCCCAGGCGCAAUCACUGACUUCAAUGAGAACAAUUUUAUAUGCAGUGAUAUAACAUGGUUUCAGUGCCGGCAUGUAAUCAAGGGCAUUGCUUUAGGGAAUCCUUCACCUGAAGAUUAAAGGUCAAUGACAACUUUAAAACGGGUAUAUAGUUAAGGACUUUCCAUUUGUAUGCCUUUUUACUGUAAUCUUUAGCAGUAGUUGUUAUAUUUCUUUUUCCAAUGUUUGAAUUUAUCAUGGUUACAUCUCCAAUGUUCUGUGUUCUCCUUGAAUAAAAGCAAUGACAGGGUCGACCAUAUGGUCCCUUACCGUAUUUUUUGGCUGCAAAAUGUGAAGCUACUAGGCUAGGCAGUUCUAUUCUCUGCAUUACUUCCUGUAUGUUACACUUUAAAUAAUUGAAUAAUCUACUUUGUGGAUAAAGAUAAGAUA